UAUCGCUGCUGCCCGCACAUAUCGUGACGAGACACCUCUUCACACUGUCAGACUUUUCCUGCGUCUCUUUUGAUCUCUGUCGCUCGCUCGCUCGCACCCAUCACGCACCGCCCAAAUUCUCGAAAAAGGGGACCCCGGAAGCGACGCCGCGCAUUCCUUUCGCGGUGGUUGGGCGGAAACUUCCGGCGCACGUUCGCUCUCUUCUCUGAUAUCGAGCGCCGUCAGAUUUUGGGGUUCCUCGAGCUGAUUCGUGUUCCGAGAUGGAUGAUGGGGAGCUCGAUUUCUCGAAUCAGGAAGUGUUUGGGAACACUGACGUGUUCUCAAGUUCGACUUUAGGAGAAGUUCCCGGUUGCCGCUCGAUGGAUAGUUUAUUCGACGAAAUUUUCAGGGAUACCCAUGCUUGUACCCACACUCACACUUGUAAUCCGCCGGGACCGGACUCUUCGCAUACCCACACGUGUUUUCAUGUGCACACCAAAAUCGUCCCCGCCGCCAGCGAGGAGAAGGUUUCUACUGAUGACACUGCAGAGUCGACGGAGAAGAAAUCGAAGAAGCGCCCGCUCGGCAAUCGGGAGGCGGUAAGGAAAUACCGCGAGAAGAAGAAGGCCCGUGCUGCCUCGUUAGAAGAUGAGGUCACUAGAUUGAGGGCCGUGAAUCAGCAAUUGGUGAAGAGGCUCCAGGGUCAGGCUGUAUUGGAGGCCGAGAUUGCUAGACUGAAGUGUUUGCUUGUGGAUAUAAGGGGCAGGAUUGAAGGAGAGAUAGGAGCUUUUCCGUAUCAGAGAUCAGCAAUGCCUGGCAGUGCUUAUGUGGUGAAUCCUUGUAACAUGCAGUGUAACGAUCAGGUAUAUUGCCUUCAUCCGAGAGCGGAGGGUAAGAGUGGAGAUGGUACAAGCAUGGAUGGGCAGGGAUAUAGUGGUUGUGAAUUUGAGAAUCUCCAAUGCCUAGCAAAUCAGAACGGUUCAGGGCCCAAAAUACUUCCUGGAUGUGGAAACGAGAACAUAGCAUCAAAUGCGGCUUCUUCUGGUGGAAGUAAGAAAAAAGGAGGGUCUCGUGCAGCAACGGCUGGAUGAGAAUUGUUUGUGUAAUCACCUCCAUCUUUCAAGAAGACCUAUAAUUCAAUAAGUGGUCUUCAUGAGCGGCAGAGGUGGCUUGUGUCUGAUUGUUUAUUAUUUAGUCUCUCAACGAACUUGGGAUCAAAGAGCUGGCAUGGCUCAGUUAUGUUUUCGAAGGGUAAUGUCUUAAUAUGCUCCAUUUUAGACUGUUACUUAAGCUGGACCUCGAUGGAUGAAUAGCCAGUGGACCUUCUAAUGGAGGACAACUUGGUUUCUUAUGAGGCUUUAAGACCUAUUACUUUUGCAGUUCAGUGUCACAAGGUCACUUUCUCUGUGGCGGCAAGUAGUGCUGCUUCUGAUUAGUAGAAACGCUUCAUUUUUGUAUGCUUGAUGAUGAAUUCUUGAUUGUUGAAAUGCAUAAAUUUAGGGAA